AUGAUAGCAACUGGUGGAGUGAUAACUGGCCUGGCCGCCUUGAAAAGGCAAGACUCUGCCAGAUCACAGCAUCAUGUCAACCUUAGCCCGUCGCCUGCUGCCCAGGAGAAGAAACCAGUCAGGCGUCGACCUCGGGCCGAUGUUGUGGUUGUUCGAGGCAAAAUCCGGCUUUAUUCCCCAUCUGGUUUUUUCCUCAUUUUAGGAGUCCUUAUCUCCAUUGUAGGAAUUGCAAUGGCAGUCCUUGGAUAUUGGCCUCAAAAAGAACAUUUUAUCAAUGCUGAGACAACACUGUCAACAAACGAAACUCAGGUCAUCCGGAACCAAGGCGGUGUGGUGGUUCGCUUCUUUGAGCAACAUUUGCAUUCUGAUAAAAUGAAAAUGCUUGGCCCUUUCACAAUGGGGAUUGGCAUUUUCAUUUUCAUCUGUGCUAACGCCAUUCUUCACGAGAACCGUGACAAAGAAACCAAAAUCAUACACAUGAGGGACAUCUAUUCCACAGUCAUCGACAUCCACACUCUGAGAAUCAAGGAGCAAAAGCACAUGAAUGGCAUCUACACUGGUUUAAUGGGAGAAACGGAAGUGAAGCAGAAUGGGAACUCCUGUGCUUCGAGACUGGCAGCAAAUACCAUUGCUUCUUUCUCAGGUUUCAGGAGCAGUUUUCGGAUGGACAGCUCUGUCGAGGAGGAUGAGCUUGUGGUCAACGAAAGUAAGAGUUUGGGGCAUCUUGUGCCACCUUUGCUCUCUGACAGCUCUGCCUCUGUUUGUGGCCUCUAUCCACCUCCUUCCAAGACAGCUGAUGAUAAAACCAGUGGCCCUAAGAAAUGUGAAACCAAGUCGAUUGUGUCAUCGUCCAUCAGCGCUUUUACAUUACCUGUGAUCAAACUUAAUAACUGUGUGAUUGAUGAGCCCAGUAUAGAUAACAUCACGGAGGAUGUUGAUAACCUCAAAAGCAGGUCAAGGAAUUUGUCAGUGGACUCCCUUAUGGUCCCUUUGCCCAAUCCCAGCCAGCCCUUCCAGCCAGUUGGUCUGCUGCUCCCAAGGAAUAAUUCCGCUGGGGAGUCGUUGUCAAGUCAGUACAAGGCCUCUGUGGCCCUUGGACCUGGAGCUGAGCAGCUCUUGUCUCCUGGGGCUGUUAGAAGACAGUUUGGUUCCAACACAUCCUUGCAUUUGCUCCCAUCACACUCAAAAUCCUUAGACUUAGAGCGAGGUCACUCCACGUUAACCGUUCAGGCAGAACAACGAAAGCAUCCAAGCUGGCCUCGCUUGGAUCGAAGCAACAGCAAAGGAUAUGUGAAACUAGAAAACAAAGAGGACCCGGUGGAGAGGCUGCUUGUGCCGCAAGCUGCAAUCAAGAAAGACUUUACUAAUAAGGAGAAGCUUCUUAUGAUCUCAAGAUCUCACAAUAAUUUGAGUUUUGAACAUGAUGAGUUUUUGAGUAACAACUUGAAGCGGGGAACUUCUGAAACAAGGUUUUAA